GAGGGUGUGUUUUCGGCAGCCGUGGAAAAUAAUAGGCCACUGCAUCAGAUCUUGUUUUAGAAUCAGGAAGAUGUUCUGGUAAAGAACUCUGUUUCACUAACGGAACAGAGAAUGUGGAACCAAGUCGGUUGGUCACAUGGUGCCUCGUAGUUCCUUCUACCUUAAAGCCUGUUUCACUAUGGUUGUACCACAGCACCACUUCUUAUACUCGUAUACGGCAGUAGUAUUAGUAAUGUGGGAAAAAAAGUGAUAGUUACAUAUCAAGAUAUUAUUUGUGACGAUAUACCGUAUCGUUUUGACAAUAUCGCAAUAUUAUUUUUGCGCUAGUUUGCUGUAACUGCACCAAAACACCAGUCUUUUUCCUUUAUGUUUUUACCACUUUUUUAUUUCCACAUGCUCCCUCUCGCUCUCUCGCUCUCUCGCUCUUUCUCUCGCUCUGUCUCUCGCUCUGUCUCUCUCUCUGUCUCUCUCUCUGUCCCUCUCUCGCUCUUUCUCUCUCGUCCCUCUCUCGCUCUUUCUCUCUCAUCCCUCUCUCGCUCUUUCUCUCUCGUCCCUGUCUAGUGUACUAGAGGAAGUAGUACACUAUGUUGUCAACUCUUCCCCAGGUCCUUAGUGUACUAGAGGAAGUAGUACACUAUGUUGUCAACUCUUCCCCAGGUCCUUAGUGUACUAGAGGAAGUAGGGCACUAUGUUGUCAACUCUUCCCUGGUCCUUAGUGCACUAGAGGAAGUAGUGUACUAUGUUGUCAACUCUUCCCUGGUCCUUAGUGUACUAGAGGAAGUAGUGCACUAUGUUGUCAACUCUUCCCUGGUCCUUAGUGUACUAGAGGAAGUAGUGCACUAUGUUGUCAACUCUUCCCUGGUCCGUAGUGUACUAUGUUGUCAACUCUUCCCUGGUCCUUAGUGAGGAAGUAGUGUACUAUGUUGUCAACUCUUCCCUGGUCCUUAGUGUACUAGAGGAAGUAGUGCACUAUGUUGUCAACUCUUCCCUGGUCCUUAGUGUACUAGAGGAAGUAGUGCACUAUGUUGUCAACUCUUCCCUGGUCCUUAGUGUACUAGAGGAAGUAGUGCACUAUGUUGUCAACUCUUCCCUGGUCCUUAGUGAGGAAGUAGUGUACUAUGUUGUCAACUCUUCCCAGGGUCCUUAGUGUACUAGAGGAAGUAGUGCACUAUGUUGUCAACUCUUCCCUGGUCCUUAGUGUACUAGAGGAAGUAGUGUACUAUGUUGUCAACUCUUCCCAGGGUCCUUAGUGUACUAGAGGAAGUAGUGCACUAUGUUGUCAACUCUUCCCUGGUCCUUAGUGUACUAGAGGAAGUAGUGCACUAUGUUGUCAACUCUUCCCUGGUCCUUAGUGUACUAGAGGAAGUAGUGCACUAUGUUGUCAACUCUUCCCAGGUCCUUAGUGUACUAGAGGAAGUAGUGCACUAUGUUGUCAACUCUUCCCAGGGUCCUUAGUGUACUAGAGGAAGUAGUGCACUAUGUUGUCAACUCUUCCCUGGUCCUUAGUGUACUAGAGGAAGUAGUGCACUAUGUUGUCAACUCUUCCCCUGGUCCUUAGUGUACUAGAGGAAGUAGUGUACUAUGUUGUCAACUCUUCCCUGGUCCUUAGUGAGGAAGUAGUGUACUAUGUUGUCAACUCUUCCCUGGUCCUUAGUGUACUAGAGGAAGUAGUGCACUAUGUUGUCAACUCUCCCCUGGUCCUUAGUGCACUAGAGGAAGUAGUGUACUAUGUUGUCAACUCUUCCCAGGUCCUUAGUGUACUAGAGGAAGUAGUGUACUAUGUUGUCAACUCUCCCCUGGUCCUUAGUGUACUAGAGGAAGUAGUGUACUAUGUUGUCAACUCUCCCCUGGUCCUUAGUGUACUAGAGGAAGUAGUGUACUAUGUUGUCAACUCUCCCCUGGUCCUUAGUGUACUAGAGGAAGUAGUGUACUAUGUUGUCAACUCUUCCCUGGUCCUUAGUGCACUAGAGGAAGUAGUGCACUAUGUUGUCAACUCUUCUCUGGUCCUUAGUGUACUAGAGGAAGUAGUGCACUAUGUUGUCAACUCUUCCCUGGUCCUUAGUGAGGAAGUAGUGUACUAUGUUGUCAACUCUUCCCUGGUCCUUAGUGUACUAGAGGAAGUAGUGCACUAUGUUGUCAACUCUCCCCUGGUCCUUAGUGCACUAGAGGAAGUAGUGUACUAUGUUGUCAACUCUUCCCAGGUCCUUAGUGUACUAGAGGAAGUAGUGUACUAUGUUGUCAACUCUCCCCUGGUCCUUAGUGUACUAGAGGAAGUAGUGUACUAUGUUGUCAACUCUCCCCUGGUCCUUAGUGUACUAGAGGAAGUAGUGUACUAUGUUGUCAACUCUCCCCUGGUCCUUAGUGUACUAGAGGAAGUAGUGUACUAUGUUGUCAACUCUCCCCUGGUCCUUAGUGUACUAGAGGAAGUAGUGCACUAUGUUGUCAGCUCUCCCCUGGUCCUUAGUGCACUAGAGGAAGUAGUGUACUAUGUUGUCAACUCUUCCCAGGUCCUUAGUGUACUAGAGGAAGUAGUGUACUAUGUUGUCAACUCUUCCCCUGGUCCUUAGUGUACUAGAGGAAGUAGUGUACUAUGUUGUCAACUCUUCCCUGGUCCUUAGUGUACUAGAGGAAGUAGUGCACUAUGUUGUCAACUCUUCCCUGGUCCUUAGUGUACUAGAGGAAGUAGUGUACUAUGUUGUCAACUCUCCCCUGGUCCUUAGUGUACUAGAGGAAGUAGUGUACUAUGUUGUCAACUCUCCCCUGGUCCUUAGUGUACUAGAGGAUAUAGUGUACUAUGUUGUCAACUCUCCCCUGGUCCUUAGUGUACUAGAGGAAGUAGUGUACUAUGUUGUCAACUCUCCCCUGGUCCUUAGUGUACUAGAGGAAGUAGUGCACUAUGUUGUCAACUCUUCCCAGGGUCCUUAGUGUACUAGAGGAAGUAGUGUACUAUGUUGUCAACUCUCCCCUGGUCCUUAGUGCACUAGAGGAAGUAGUGUACUAUGUUGUCAACUCUCCCCUGGUCCUUAGUGUACUAGAGGAAGUAGUGUACUAUGUUGUCAACUCUCCCCUGGUCCUUAGUGUACUAGAGGAAGUAGUGCACUAUGUUGUCAACUCUUCCCUGGUCCUUAGUGCACUAGAGGAAGUAGUGCACUAUGUUGUCAACUCUUCUCUGAUCCUUAGUGUACUAGAGGAAGUAGUGCAAUAUGUUGUCAACUCUUCCCUGGUCCUUAGUGAGGAAGUAGUGUACUAUGUUGUCAACUCUUCCCUGGUCCUUAGUGUACUAGAGGAAGUAGUGUACUAUGUUGUCAACUCUUCCCUGGUCCUUAGUGUACUAGAGGAAGUAGUGUACUAUGUUGUCAACUCUUCCCUGGUCCUUAGUGUACUAGAGGAAGUAGUGCACUAUGUUGUCAACUCUCCCCUGGUCCUUAGUGUACUAGAGGAAGUAGUGUACUAUGUUGUCAACUCUCCCCUGGUCCUUAGUGUACUAGAGGAAGUAGUGUACUAUGUUGUCAACUCUCCCCUGGUCCUUAGUGUACUAGAGGAAGUAGUGCACUAUGUUGUCAACUCUCCCCUGGUCCUUAGUGCACUAGAGGAAGUAGUGUACUAUGUUGUCAACUCUUCCCAGGUCCUUAGUGUACUAGAGGAAGUAGUGUACUAUGUUGUCAACUCUUCCCCUGGUCCUUAGUGUACUAGAGGAAGUAGUGUACUAUGUUGUCAACUCUUCCCUGGUCCUUAGUGUACUAGAGGAAGUAGUGCACUAUGUUGUCAACUCUUCCCUGGUCCUUAGUGUACUAGAGGAAGUAGUGUACUAUGUUGUCAACUCUCCCCUGGUCCUUAGUGUACUAGAGGAAGUAGUGUACUAUGUUGUCAACUCUCCCCUGGUCCUUAGUGUACUAGAGGAAGUAGUGUACUAUGUUGUCAACUCUCCCCUGGUCCUUAGUGUACUAGAGGAAGUAGUGUACUAUGUUGUCAACUCUCCCCUGGUCCUUAGUGUACUAGAGGAAGUAGUGCACUAUGUUGUCAACUCUUCUCUGAUCCUUAGUGUACUAGAGGAAGUAGUGCACUAUGUUGUCAACUCUUCCCUGGUCCUUAGUGUACUAGAGGAAGUAGUGCACUAUGUUGUCAACUCUUCCCUGGUCCUUAGUGUACUAGAGGAAGUAGGGCACUAUGUUGUCAACUCUUCCCAGGGUCCGUAGUGUACUAGAGGAAGUAGUGCACUAUGUUGUCAACUCUUCCCUGGUCCUUAGUGAGGAAGUAGUGUACUAUGUUGUCAACUCUUCCCUGGUCCUUAGUGUACUAGAGGAAGUAGUGCACUAUGUUGUCAACUCUUCCCAGGGUCCUUAGUGUACUAGAGGAAGUAGUGCACUAUGUUGUCAACUCUUCCCCUGGUCCUUAGUGUACUAGAGGAAGUAGUGCACUAUGUUGUCAACUCUUCCCAGGGUCCUUAGUGUACUAGAGGAAGUAGUGCACUAUGUUGUCAACUCUUCCCUGGUCCUUAGUGUACUAGAGGAAGUAGUGCACUAUGUUGUCAACUCUUCCCCUGGUCCUUAGUGUACUAGAGGAAGUAGUGCACUAUGUUGUCAACUCUUCCCCUGGUCCUUAGUGUACUAGAGGAAGUAGUGUACUAUGUUGUCAACUCUUCUCUGGUCCUUAGUGUACUAGAGGAAGUAGUGCACUAUGUUGUCAACUCUUCUCUGGUCCUUAGUGUACUAGAGGAAGUAGUGCACUAUGUUGUCAACUCUUCCCUGGUCCUUAGUGUACUAGAGGAAGUAGUGUACUAUGUUGUCAACUCUCCCCUGGUCCUUAGUGUACUAGAGGAAGUAGUGCACUAUGUUGUCAACUCUUCUCUGGUCCUUAGUGUACUAGAGGAAGUAGUGCACUAUGUUGUCAACUCUUCUCUGGUCCUUAGUGUACUAGAGGAAGUAGUGCACUAUGUUGUCAACUCUUCCCCUGGUCCUUAGUGUACUAGAGGAUAUAGUGUACUAUGUUGUCAACUCUUCCCAGGGUCCUUAGUGUACUAGAGGAAGUAGUACACUAUGUUGUCAACUCUUCUCUGGUCCUUAGUGUACUAGAGGAUAUAGUGUACUAUGUUGUCAACUCUUCCCCUGGUCCUUAGUGUACUAGAGGAAGUAGUGCA